AUGCCUGUCUUGUCACCACUGUCAUUUAUUAUUGCAUUAAAUUCUUCUGAUCCAGUACAGUGUGUUGUAGUUUAUUCAAGCCGGACAUUGAACAAACGAUCUUCAGCUAGAAAUCGACAUCGAGUGCGGUUGAUCUUUUACCCUCGAAACUUCAGCAAGAGACCUUUCGACGAGCUCGCCAGUGGUCUAGUGGGCAAGCGAUCGGAAGAUCUGGGCAGCGAGCUCAUUGGGAAACGUCCCUUUGAUGAACUAAGCAGGGGGCUUGUUGGAAAACGUCCGUUUGAUGAACUAGGCAACGGGCUUGUUGGAAAGCGUCCUUUUGAUGAAUUGGGCAAUGGGCUUGUUGGAAAGCGUCCAUUUGAUGAACUAAGCAGGGGGCUUGUUGGGAAACGUCCGUUUGAUGAACUGGGCAAUGGGCUUGUUGGAAAACGUCCUUUUGAUGAACUGGGCAAUGGGCUUGUUGGAAAACGUCCUUUUGAUGAACUGGGCAAUGGGCUUGUUGGAAAACGUCCGUUUGAUGAACUAAGCAGGGGGCUUGUUGGAAAACGUCCAUUUGAUGAACUAGGAAAUGGGCUUGUUGGAAAACGUCCGUUUGAUGAACUAAACAGGGGGCUUGUUGGAAAACGUCCAUUUGAUGAACUAGGAAAUGGGCUUGUUGGAAAACGUCCGUUUGACGAACUAAGCAGUGGGCUUGUUGGAAAACGUCCAUUUGAUGAACUAAGCAGGGGGCUUGUUGGAAAACGUCCAUUUGAUGAACUAGGAAGUGGGCUUGUAGGAAAACGCCCAUUUGAUGAGCUAGGCAAUGGGCUUGUUGGAAAACGCCCUUUUGAUGAGCUGGGAAAUGGGCUUGUAGGAAAACGACCAUUUGAUGAGCUGGGAAAUGGGCUUGUUGGAAAACGCCCAUUUGAUGAGUUAGGCAAUGGGUUUGGUGUAAAACGAGCAUAUAAUAAAUAUGCCAGUGGUUUUUCUGGGAAGCCGCCGUUGUCACAACAGAUGGGAACAAACUUUGAAGAUGAGAAUGAUUUUGACCUUGUGCUCGAUUCACACAGGACGCAAGCAGGCGUCAGCAAGAUACCGUUGGACGAACUGGCUAAGGGACUCAGAAAUCGACCUUGGUUCCACAACAGAGAAGAGGGGCAGAAUUUGUUACUACCAGCCGAGCUGGAGUCAAUGUUACUAAAGCCAAGGUCACAUCGAUCAACCAUGUAA